AUGGCUGACGCGUUUCUAUCGAACGCCCGGGACACGAUCCCCAUGCAAACAACGGAAAAAUAUUGUUUGGGUAGCGAGAAGGAGUCUAUUCCGCCUGGGACAAUGAAUCAGAGCAGCAAGCUGGAUAAAACUCAAAUAAACAGUCAGGUCAAGAGGUCCAGGCAAUUGCGAAAUGCGGCCAAAAUUCAACAACAAAAACAGCAAAGUGAACAGGAAUCAUUAGAUGGAUUUGACGUUUACAAUAUCGAGACGGCUAUGCCAGUUAUUGAUUUGGAUGCGAUCGAAGCACACCUCAAGGCAGCUAAGGACGAAGAAAUGAGGAGGAGAACAGAUAGAGAAGAAAUUAGAAGGCGUCUUGCAAUGGGCCCAGAACCUGAAAAUUUCUCAAAAGCACCUCGAAAAAAAAGUUUACAGUCACGAUUGCAAAGUGGGAUGAAUCUACAAAUAUGUUUUAUGAAUGAUGUUUCUGAUAAUGAAGGUUUAACAUCUGAAAUAAAUGUACAGGAAAAUGAAAAACCUGCAUUAAUGUCCGAAACAAUAGGGUUAUCAGAAAAUACUAUUGUACCACCAAAUCACUUCAAAUCUAUAGAUGAACCAAAUACGGAUGCAAAUGAAAGAUCUGGUUUAUUAACUAUUCAAAUGCCAAAGACUGAAGAAGACUUUUUUGCUUGCCAAGCAAGAUUGCAAGUGGAAGCGAGGCUAGCGUUAGCCCAAGCUAAACAAAUGGCUCAUAUGCAAAUGGAGUUAGAAAGGCAAAAACAAGUUUCAUCCCCCAUUACUGAUGUAAUAAGAUCUGCUCUCACAACUGUUGGAUGUGCAUCACCUGAACAUCACAGAAGACUCUCCCGGCGUUUGUUGACCAGCAUGACGAUUGCUCAAUUGCAGGUUGUUGUUUGCCGACUCCAUACACAGGUUGAAAUAUUUAAUGAACAGUUGGUGGGCUUAUUAAUGAAUCGUGAUGAACUUCAUAUGAGCCAAGAUAGCAUGCUGGUUGAUAUAGAGGAUUUAACCAGAUACCUUGGUGCCAAAGAUUCGACUGUAAAGAAAUCAGAAACCAAAACAAGAAAGCAAAACCAAAAGAAACCUAAUUUGGACAAGAAUAAUCAUUUACAAAGGAUAUCGCAUAUGAUACGAAAAUGAGUAAAAUUCAUUAGAUUAGGUUAAGUAGUAAAUAAAGUAAGCGUAAAG